AUGAAUUCUCUCAUUGCAGUGAUAUUCCUCAUAACGUUCCUUGUUUCCCGGUCUUAUUCCAUAAUCGCCCCUACUGUUACCACAACUUAUGGCCCUGUCAGCGGGACUGUAACCCAACUACCGACAAACAAGACUGUUAAAAGCUAUUUGGGAAUCCCUUUCGCCCAGGCGAAGCGUUUCGAGGAUCCCGUUCCACCAAACAAGUGGACGUCAACUCUACACGCAAAUGCGACACGCAGUGUCUGUCCUCAGCAUGUGCUUCAAGGGGCGGAGUACCAACGCCCUCUCCUCAACGAAGAACACUGUCUAAUGCUCAGUGUUUACAUCCCCGAGAACGCAACAAGCGGUUCUCGCCUUGCAGUGAUGCUUUGGAUUCAUGGCGGAGCUUUUCUUUCAGGUGACACUUUGUCAUUCAAUGGUGCUGUGUUGGCAACCGAAGGAAACGUUAUUGUUGUAGUAGCAGCGUAUCGCUUGGCAGCUCUUGGUUUCCUAAGCUCGAGAAGCAGUGGUCUAAGAGGAAACUAUGGCAUGAUGGAUCAAGUGGAGGCCAUGAAAUGGGUCAAUAAAAACAUCGGGAGGUAUGUAAAAGGUUAAUAAAGGGCAGAGGCAACUCGGCUAAAAAGUCACGCGAUAGUGCGUGAUAUCGGAUCUUCUCGAUCUCUGAAUAAUAACAUGGCCCUAACUAUGAUCUUGUUGAUGGUGCGAAAAUGAGACCUUGAAGUGAUCAUUAGUCCAAGAGAGAAAAAAAUGCAAAGCUAUAAUGGACCUAAUAUAAUGAAAGUACGAUUUCGUUUUGGUUCUAUUUUAUGCUGUGCCUAUUCGUUAUUGACCAAGCUCGAGGUCAUGAUAACUUGGCUCGGUAGGUUCUUUUUGAGAAAUCUUAAAUUUAUAUGGCUGAAAAACCUUUUUUCGUGAAGAAAGGCGGGCUGGGUGAGGGAAAGCGGAGGAGGGGGGGAGAUGCACUGUUUUCUUUGGCCCUUACGGGUUAGCCUACAUGCUGCUAAAGCGCGAGGUAGGGUUAGUCUAUUUACCAACGAUUUAAUGAUGUUGGUUUAAAAAGAAAUACUUAAAAUACUGUUUGAGGAACAAAAUAAAUCCGGCCAUGAUAUGGGUUUCUUCUCUUAAACACAGAAUUUUGUCUUAAAAAGGGUCAGGGUUUUGAAUGUUUUGGCGGCACAUCUCUAUCCAAUUGUCCUUUGUUCAAGGUUACUCCCUCCCCUAGAAGGGACUGGUCUGGACUUGGAGAAAAAGGAAUGCUAAUAUCAAUUUAAUUAAACCUGAUUAGCCUCAAUAGUCAUGCAAACUCUCAGAAAACGAAUGCAUAUUAUUUUCUCCUUCAACACAUUUCUCUAGCCUACAUUUCCGCGUUUUUCAAGUGAAUACUAAGCGGACGUCGAAGAUCGCGCGAAAGGGAAGGCGAGGAAAAGAUGAGGAAGACGCGGGCUGCAGGCCGAAGACAUUUCCAACACAGCCAUCCUUGCAUACAUUGAAUAUUGCUAUGGGAAAAGAAAAACAUACACACAAAAAACAAAAAAAGAAUGCAUCAUAGAUGGCAAUCACCUAUCGUAUAAAGUUAUUGUUUGACUAAAGUUAUGAACAUUUGCAAAUUAGUUUUGGCGGCGACCCGGACAAAGUGACCAUAUUUGGUGAGUCGGCAGGUGGAGCAAGCGUUGGAUUGUUGAUGUUAUCUCCGCUGGCGCGUGGUUUGUUCCAGAACGCUAUUAUGCAGAGUGGUACAGCAGCAGUUCUUUGGGCUGCUCAGGAAAGAGAUGAGGCAGACUCAGUAGCCAGGUACAGUAUAAGAAUUUUAACACAUAAGACAGAAAAACCGCUCGUAUCUUUGCUAGCAGCUAUAACGAAGGGUCUGGAGCAAGGCUCGCGCGCAUCACACGAUAAUCUUACACCUACGUUUCGCGCCUUUGCGAAACCGAUUAUAGGAAAAAAAGAUAGGUCAGAAAUUGUUAUUUUCAAUUUUUACCCGUUCAUUAUAAAAACCUGACGAUAAAUCUUGCUAAUUAACGAUUUUUUAGGCGCUUUGCCAAAGUACUGGGAUGCGACGAAUCCUCACUUCAAGAAUGUGCGAAAAAGAAAACAUUUCAAGAGAUUACUGAUGCUCAAAGUCAGAUAUAUCCAAAGGAGCAUGCAUUGACAUUUUGUCCAGUUGUGGAUGGAUACUUUUUACCAGGUACGUAAAUGAAUGUACGCCCCGCCCGUGUAAGGCAAUCUGGACAGUCUUUGAUUCUGGAUUCCAAGCAGGGGAUUCCGGAUUCCAGGUACUGGAUUUCUCAUUCCACUUGUCCUUUAGCUGGAUUCCGGAUUCCAAAGCCAAGGAUUCCUGAUUUUUCAAGCAAAAAUUCCCCUGGUUCCGGAGUCCGGACUACCUUACAUCAGUGGGGCGAGAAUGAAAUCCCCUAAUUUAUCUCCCACGAGCAAAAGAGAGACUGAUCCGAGGUUGAAUAAUAUCUCACAGCAUGAGUAGCUCAUUCUCUCUUGCUGACAGACAUAAUUGAACCUAGUUUCAAGACAGGGGAACUCUCCGACCACCCCAUAUUAUUACCAAGUUUUUUUUGCAUGAAUAUUUCCUUAUUCUACAACUUCGUUUAUAUGAAAAUCGUGUUAUUACGAACUGUUUUUUAUGUAUACAUUUUAUUAUUGAUCGUUAUGUUCCCACUGAUUAGGGCUCCCAUUCCCCAAUCCUCCCCUCACGAGUCAGACCGCCUUACAAGACCAUCCAAUCCGAUAAAGUCAUACACUUAUACCGCUAAUUAUGAUUUUCUGACGACUCGUAAUUCAUUUAAUACUAGAUUCUCCUUUAAAGCUCUUAAAAGCUGGAAACGUCAGCGCCCGUAAUGUUAUGGCCGGAGCAACACGGGACGAUGGCAGUAUUUUUCUGGCGCCUAUCGCAGGUAAGAGUCCAAUUUCCUUGGAGAUCUGUAAGAUCCGACAGACUCAGGCCCAGUUCAGAAGUCGGGCUUCUGCCGUGCCGAACUAAAUUCAGGAAUUAAGUUCGACAAAAGCACGGCAGAGGCAGGGCGUCUGAAUCAAACUUUUGAAUUAAGUUCGGCAAGGAAUUAAGUUCGACAAGCGCUGCCGUGCUACACGGCUCUGGCACGGCAGCGAUUCAAACGUCGUGCUUCUGCCGCGCUAAACAAAAUUCAUAAAUUAUAUUAAUGUAUUUUGGCGAGAUUGCGUUCCCACGGGGAGUUGGGAGAAGAAUUGUUACGAGGCAUCCGUAAAUCCUGAAUUUGGUUCGACUCUGGCACGACGUCUGAAUCAAAGUUGUUUUCCUGCCGUGCUACAGUCGAACCAAAUUACAAUCAAGUUCGGCACGGCAGAAGCACGAUGUCUGAACUGGGCCUCAGUGAACCAACUGACCUGAAUGAGCAAUUACAGCAAAUACCAUGAACCAGUUGCGCAAGGGUUCGGUGUUUUAAAAUUACACUUGAACCAAGUUUAGUCUUACUCGGUGUUAUAAGACUUGUAACCGGCAGAGUGAGAACAGAUAAAGGUACACACGAGACAAGGGCCCAACGGCCGGAGUUUAUCUCGGUUUCCUUAGCAUGAAACAUGCGUGGGAGUAUUGCUUAUCCCCCCAGGAUGGGAUACUAGUCCAUCGCAGAGUUACCCCCCUCCUACCAGCAAAAUGUCGCCAGUACCUAUUCACACCUUAAUUUGCUGAAGAGACAAGGUGGAGUUAAGUUACUUGUCUAAUCGACGGGCGAAGCUUGAACCCCGGACCUCCAGAUCCGGAGUUUGAUCGGGGUGUUCACCGUUCGAUCACAAAAGCCUCCGUGAGAACACAUAAUUAAGUUACUCUAUAUUUACUCGACUUUUCAGUUAAUGGGGUUAACUUUACUAAGUAAGCUAACCGACCUAUUUUUUAACCUCCAUCUAACGACUUAUUUCCUUUCAGGCGUGCCCCUAGUACUUUAGUUAAGUUUCUUCUUUUUCAAAGCUAUAAGCAUCUUUUCUCGAUCUUCUGCUUAUAGGUGGCUAUCAUUAAUACUCGUUUUAUUCCAUUAAAGGUUUCGUGAAGGCUCUAAACGUUUUAAACGGCAUUUCAAGGGAGGUAUUUAAGGAGCAGAUAAAGAAUAGAGUUUGGACUCGACCCCAGACCGAGAAAAGCGAAGACUUGCUAAUUUAUGAAUACACAGACUGGUCCAACGUCAGCGAUCCCAUUGUGCUACGCAAGCAGUUCAUUCAUCUAUUAACAGACUCGUACUUUAAGGCUCCAGCCGUAGAGUCUGCAAAUUUACUGGUGAAGAAGCAACUUCCAACGUACUUUUACCAACUAGAAAUAGCACCCAAGAUUAACUUCGGUGUUCCAAUACCAGACUGGUAUGGAAUAUUUCAUGGCGCAGAUAUUUUCUACACAUUUGGCUUUCCGCUUCUGUCUCAGAAGAAUCUCACAACUGAGACGGAAAUUAGAUUCAGCAAGAAGUUCAUGACGCUUUGGAGUAAUUUUGCCAAGACCGGGUUAGUAGAAAUACAUUACGGGUUCUAGCAUCCCUUGCUCAGAUCGAUACUACACUAGGGGUUUCAUAGUAUCAAAACUGGGAUUACCUUUGGCUUGGUCAUAUUAUUGUGGAAGUCCUGUGUCAAUGUUUGAGGCAGAGUAAGUGAGCCGGGCUUCUCGAAUGCCUUUAUUAUUUAUUUAUUUACUUAUUUAUUUAUGUUUACUGCGAUGUACUAACUACAAAGCCAUGUGACAUGAUGUUAAUAAUGUCUAGCAAAUCAUUACGUCGAAAGAUGUUUUUUCAUUUGCAAUGAAAGUUUUUUUGAUAACUUCGAUUGGCAGAUGUCCGUUCCUAGAAAGAUCCUGGUUUUCGGGCCCGAAAUCAAAUAUUCAAAUCAAAAUAAAGUCAAAAUCUAAAGGAAACAAGCCGAAUCCUAGCUAACAAACCGCUCCUUUUUUAACUGAUAAGUAAUCAUAUUAUCUACAAAAGCACUGAAAUCCCCAUUUUGAAUGCAAACAACCACUACAUUGCGAGCCCUUCAAUUAUCGGACUUUCAAAAAACGGGCCCCAGAACCACAACGAUGUUUCUUUCGCUUGUGUGGUUAACAUACAGGCAUACCUUAUUGCUUACUCUGUUUUCAGAAACCCCAACUCUCCGACACCCUUGGAGAUCACGUGGCCCCAGUACACAGCUGAGCGAGAAGAGUAUGCUGGCCUGGGCGCGAACUUAACAGUUAGGUCCAAAAUGCGCCCAGAAAAGAUGGCGCUGUGGAACGAGUUUCUACCAGAACAGUUUUUAGCUUUAGAAGAACCAACCACACAAAGCCCCAAGCCAGCCACAACCGAGGCAAUGUCUGAUGACAAUAAAGGUGAAUAUUAUCAUACUCAGAGUUCUAUACAGCUGUAGUUAUCUUUACAAAUUUGCGGGUUCAGUAGUUUAGGAGGACCUAAGAUUAACCUCUUCCCGAAGACUUUUACCCGCUUUUUUCCUUAGAAAAAUGAGCGUGGAACGAGGUAGACUGGUGGUGUAGUCUCGGGGGUGGAAGCGGAAUCAUGAAUCAUAGUAACGUAACAUGUAAGAAUCAUGAAUGUUUGUUUUAAAAACGUGGGAAUCAUGAAUCUUUGUACUUCGGCUCGGGAAUCAUGAUUAACGAGACUCCGAGAAAAGCUCAACAAAAUACACGUAUGAAUUAAUUACGUUCGAUCCAGUGAAUGCAGGAUAUGGCGUUUCCGUGGGUUCCAUUUUCAAAAAUUUUUCGGUGGGAGCAUGCCCCCGGACCCCCCUGUAUAACGCAUGCAUUCGGGGCUGAUAGUCUGCUUGUUUCUACAGCAAUCUGGUGCUUAAUGCAGUUACAAAAUCUCCACACCUGGACAAAACGAAUGAUGAUAUAUACCGAGUCUGGAUGAAAUAGAAGUUUGAACGCCAAAGAAACACUACAAAACGAGACUAAGUUGCCACUGAGAAAAUCAUUAAGUCAAUAGGUGAUGUAAAGUCUUCGUGAAUCAUGAAUGUAGAAGAAAAUUGAUGGAGGAAUCAUGAAUCAUCGAGGCAAAAACGACAGGAAUCAUGAAUAUCAACUCUCAAAUGAUUCCGCUUCUACCCCCGAGUGUAGUCUACCUUUCAUGUUUUGUAAGAGGAAUGGAUUGCUACUCGGAGUGGUUUCCUAUUUUUUCCAUUGGUUUCUUCACCUCUAAUAGGCCCACAUAUGUCCCGCUGGAGGAACUAAUAAAUUUGGUAAACGGUUUUUUUUUUCCACUUUAGAUACUCUAGUGUUGAUACUUGCCAUCUUGACAGGAGUAUUUGGUGCCGUCGCUGUAAUCUUACUUGUUGCCCUGAUCGUUAUACGCUGUAGACGAAGGCAUCAGGUAAAUGGGAGAACUGUAGCUGGAACAACAAAUGAAGGUCUUUAACCUAUCUCUGCCUUCGAAUCACGAAUAUGGAGUCAUAGGACUGAGGACACUUUAUUUCAUUUAUAAACGAGUUUCACUGAAGAAAGUAGCAAAGUUUGACUUUAAAGAAGUUUUCAUAUAUAUCCGCAUUUAUCCUCGAUCCUUUUUAGCUUCUUCUUAUUUACUCCUUCUUAGGCCUAGGCCAAACGUCGAACUUUUCAUAAGACGAACCAAACGCUAAUUUGGGUCAACCUAAAUUAAGUUAAGAUAGUCUGUUAGGUCAGACCUCGAACUUAGGGCGCGUUGAACCAAUCAGUUGAAUCAGAUCAGUAAUAAAUUUUCUCCCGAACGAGGCUAAAUAUACAUUAAUUAUUAUACAAAUUUUUGAUUAAUGAGUUUAGUUCGUUGCAUGUGAAGAUCGACGUUUUCCGGGAAAUGAACUGUUCAGACGUUCUUUCCGUCUAAAGCAGAUGGAUAGAACGAGUUGGACUAUCCAAACUUAACUGAGCCAGACGUCGAACUUUUCAUAAACUUAACUCAGUAAGUUUGGUUCGUCUCAUGAAAAGUUCGCCGGACGAUUGGUCCAGGCCGUAUUUUUAUACUUUCUCUCAUUUCUCUUCCCGCUGAUUUUCGCAAAUGAUAAUUUUCUCGUAUUUAGUAUUCAACCGCAUAUAUCAGUUGAUUUGUUCUCCAGUAUUGUCUAGCUCAUCUAAAAAUAUCUCAAAGCUGCAAAAUAUCCAGAAUUUCGUUGCAAGUCAAGUAGAAUAACCACUAUUAGUAAAAUCCAGCUAGUGGUCUAUUAUCAAUGCUGCGUUCUGAUUGGUUGAGCUACUGCUAGGCUAUAUCUGACACAAUUAUUCCUCUCGCCCUCAUGGCCUCUGAGUAAAUAGCCCAGAGCCCAUUCGGGCUCGAGGAAUAAUUGUUAAAUACCAGUAAAUUUGACUCUAUAACACCGGUUCUUCAGGAGUUACGCUGGCUCCCUGCGAGUUAUUAUUUGAUGUAUACGGUAGGCGUUCUCGCGUUUGAGUGUGCGAAAGGAUUAGCACCUAGUUACUUGAGUGAUCGCUUCGUGACAAGAUGUACUGUUCACGAUCGCAACACAAUGAAAUAAGGACUAUCUUAAUAUUCCAGUUUAUCAAUCGGCCGCAGGUCAACGACCUUUUCUAUAUAGAGCACUUAAACUCUGGAACUCAUUGCCACGUGCGAUCACUGCUGCAGAAACCUGCCUGCGUACUUUCAAAAAGAAACAGAGAAUUCCUUUUUGAAUCAUUUCUGGUCAGCUAGGAGAGUUACCUACUGAUGUUUUUAUCUAUUAUUAUAAUUUUAACGUUUAGACAUUUUAUCAACGUUUCAAACUUAAGAAUUAAUUACAUUAAUUAAUUGCUUAUGAAUUAAUUACAUGCUUAUGUACAUUGGGUCUGAAAAACCCUGAUUGGGAGAUUCAAUAAAGUUUUACCUUUUUACUUUACUUGAUUUAUUCAAUCGGAAAAGCAAUGUAUAUUUAGGAAACCGUAGGUAUACACGUAUCUCGUAUGUUGCUUUCUCGAGUUCUGAAUGCACGUUAUCCUCUAUUUUAGACAGUAGCCUGUAACGUAUUCAGGUACAUAAUUAUGCGCUUUUGUACAGAUGCUCGUAACUGCCACUUUACAGUAGCUAAUUUUGUGAAAAGACUAUUUAAGCAGUCCCUUUGGAUUUUCAGUUUCUGCCUUCAUAGCCAUCAAUAUCUUUGCUUUUAAGUUUCUUACGGAAGGGAGUUUUUGUGUCCAAGUUAAUGAUACCUAGGUCUGCCUUCAAAGUAACCAACAGGAGCCUCUGUGGAGUUUCAAGGAAACUUUCUCUAAACUGUCACUCAUUUAGCUUAUACAAUGUGAGAUACCAUGAUUCUCUCUUAGAGAUACCAAGUAAACGUGUGUUUCAGUAAAGCUAUUUAUUGUCCAUCAUUUGCGCAGCUCAUUAAUGAAGUUGAGAGUUUCCCCUAAAGUUGCCAAUUUUUCGUUCGGGUCCCUAGGUCUUCCAUGCACGAGCUCAUCAGGCCAAAAGUUCUCGCCACGUUUGAGAACCAAAAAUCUUCUCGCCACACUAGGGUCUAUCAGGGUUACUUUUAAGGUAACACGAGAGCGGGAAACGAGGUCGGCAUGUCUCAGGUCUCGAGGCCAAGCUGUUUACUUCCAUGCAAGAGAGCAUGCUCGUAGUUGUAGACAUACCGCUUACCCAGAAACUCUCCUCUAGGGAGAUAUGGUAUCCUGGGAACGAGGUUGGCUUGUCUCAGUUUGAUAAACUGAGACAAAGAUAGAAUGUGACGACUGAUUGUGGGUCCGUAGUGUAACGUUUUAAUUACAGACAACGGCGCUAGUCUGACUUUAAAGUUAACGCCAUACGUUUCUAUUGCAGUAUUGUUCGUGCAAAGUUAGGAGGACUUCACCACAACAAUUUUGAUGAAAGUUUGUUUUGUUUUUACAUUACUCUUGUAUUUUUUUCAGCUGUAUCUUGUGCGAAAGUUGUAAGAAUACUCUAAAGGUGUUUGUUUCAGAAUAGAGUGAAGUUUCUGGUAAAGGUUAUGCUAAUUUCUGACGAACGUCUGUUCAGCGACCAACCCACACUAAGCGGCCACAUACCGUUACCCCGGCAGGUAUAUUCCAAAAUAUAUAAAAUAUCGGCAAGUCCACAGCAACAAACCAAUGAGUGCUGCCGGAUCUCCCAGUUGUAGACCUGGAUCAGUACAAUAACAACUUAUACCUUGUAGAAAAAUAUGAAAAAUAUGAAACGGCAAACUGAUCCUUUCGGCCAGGCGAUGAAGAAGUAAACAAAAGACUACAACAAAAAAUAUACAUUAAACCAACUGGGCAAUUUGUGUGAAUAAAUAUAUAUAUAUUUUUGUUUUAUUCCGGCUUUUGUUUACUUCAUUAUUGCCUUGCCGUAAGGAUCAGUUUGCCGUUUCGUAUUUUUCUACAAGGUAUAUUCCCUCUGGGUAGUGGGAAAUACCUUGAAAAAUGCCUUCCUUUAAAGCGUAGCUGUAAUGGCAACCUUGUAUUUAGUUAAAUUGCUUUCAAAGAGCACUUUAGAUAGCCUAAAUUAUGUCGUUUGCUGCAUGCCCCUGUGUAAAAUCAUGCACCUCCUUGAAGCAUGAAACAUAGAGGAAGGAGCGUUGCGUGACGACCCAAAACUAAUUCGGUAUGAACUUGGGUUACCUGUGGACAGUCACAUGGAAAGAACUGCUGGCGGAUGGUAUAAAGAACUGCUGGCGGAUCAUUGUGCUAAUAGCUAGUGGUGUUACCAGUUACUGGUAGUUACUAGCGAAAAGUUAUGAUUGAGGUUCAUGUAGUUCGUAGUUUACUGUAUUACCCUUAGAAAAGCGAAAAUAUGAUUGAGGUCAUGUAUUCGUUUACUGUAUUACCCUUAAUGUUCAUGACCUUCGUUGUUUCGCGAUCUCAUUCUACGACCGCUCCUAUUGUAACGACAACUUAUGGCCCAGUCAGCGGGUCUGUAACUAAACUCCCAACAAACAAGACUGUUAAAAGCUAUUUGGGAAUCCCGUUUGCAAAGGCGAAGCGUUUCGAGUAUCCCGUUCCACCGGACAAGUGGACUUCAACUCUGCACGCAAACGCAACACGCAGUGUCUGUCCUCAGCCUGUGACUCCCUUGUCUCAACACUUACACUCUCUCUUUGACGAAGACUGUCUACGGCUCAGUGUUUACAUUCCCGAAAACGAGAGCAGUAGUUCCGGUCUUGCGGUGAUGCUGUGGAUUCACGGUGGCGGGUUUGCUGGAGGCGACAUUAUAUUUUACGAUGGUUCUCUGUUGGCGACCGAAGGAAACGUUAUUGUCGUAGCAGCAGCGUAUCGCUUGGGAGUCCUUGGUUUUCUGAGCUCGAAUAGUGGCGAUCUCACAGGCAACUACGGAAUGAUGGAUCAAAUAGAGGCCAUGAGAUGGGUCAAUAAAAACAUCGCAAGGUAAUGUAACGGUCAAAUAGAAGCUUCAACAUCCCUUCCGGGCAACAACCCGAGCAUUUGACUUGUUUGAAAAUUUUUGUUCAAAAUUCCCUCUAUCCGAGCCCAAAUGCCGUUGAAAUGCCUCACACUAGGGUCCAUUUAAGUGAUCAAAUGCCCCCACUCCGGAGACAGUUAGGGACGGACAGGAGCCCAUCAAAUUUGAUUUGAUGGGCUCCUGGGACGGACCAUUAGAAAUAACCGGAGGGAGGGUGAAAAAUUUUUGGUGCAUGAAUUUUUUUAAAAGCCCGCUUGACUGCAGGAAUAUUUUUCUAGGGCAUAUGACUUAUUGUUUUUAGGUAUCACCGCUUGCAGGAUUUUUUUUAGACAAGUUUGCCUUUCAGGAAUUGUUUUGGGGGAAUUAAUUGUCACCCCACCUCCGGUUAUUUCCUAUGGUCCGCCGUUAAAGACUUUCAUUAUUAUCCAUUAUGUAGGAACUCUUGAAGCCGAUUCUGCAGACAGGUUGCAAUAGACAGUAAAGUUUUUAUUGUAAUUUAUUCUGGACUGCUUUAUAAAAAGAAAUAAAAAGAAACCCAAUAUUAAACAUACAUCGGUGUUUACAUGUGGUUGACAAAUUUUAUCACGAAUCGUUAAACGUAACUUCAAUACUCUUGUCCUUAAUUGUGCAAAGUAUUUGCACAAUUAUCAUUCCACAGGCACACGAAUGACAGAAGGACGGCAGAAACGCCUUCAGUUGUCGAACAAAAUCUUUAUAAAUACAGCAAGUAAUUUGCAUAAUUUCAAUAUAACAAAACAUGAGAGACACGGUAGGCGUAUUUACUAUGAACAAAACUCUCGUGCAAAGCGGCGGAAAUCGCUGCUUCAAGGUCACUGAAUAUGCUCAGCUUUUCUUCGUGUGUCAUGCAACGUAGAAAGUGCCCUAUAUAAAAAAAUCCCAGCUACUGAGAUUAUUACAUUCCAUACAUGCGAUAUUCAUGACCAUUUCCCCGAUAUGCAUCAUCGCUCAACUUAUCAAUAAACAUGAAUGCAGUAGGUCAAAGUUAUUGACCUCUUUGAGCUUUUUAUUGUUGUAUUGAAUCGCGGGUAUUUAUUCAAAGCCUGAAUCAAAUAUUAAAAAUAUUAAAAUUUGAAUACCUUGAAAUACGGCACAAAGCUUGUUUACGCCCUUUCCUCGUAACCAAUUGGCCACAAAUGCACCAUCUUUUCGACGAAGACCCUCUAACACCGCGUCCGCCAUGAUAAUUCGCCACGUGCAAAGCGCUCAGAGAUUUCACAUGAAAUCGAGGCUACAGUUUAAAUUCCCCACCCCCCUCGCAUGGGGAUCAAAUUCCCCACCCCCUGGAAGACUCUGAUAAUCAUUCCCUCCUCCCCGGGACGGAAAGGGUGUCAAAUUCCCGGGGUAUGCCCGGGGGGAUGUUGAAGCUUCAAUUUGACCGAUACAUCAGUUAAGCUUACGUUGGUUUGGUUUGAGUGUUUGAUCUUAUCGCAGUACCGGUUCUCUCAGAAUAUUUAUGGCAACUGUUAGUUCUAGCUGGUUUUUAUACUUCUUCUGUGUGUUAUAAAAAGGGUACAAUUUUAGUCAAUGCUUUUUGUCAAUUUUCUUUUCUUAAGAGAAUUAUGGGACGCAGUUUGCGCGCACUGAAAGAAGAAUAAUUAUCUGAAAAAGGAGUUGGAUUAAAGACCGCACCUUCAUCAAUUCACAGCGCUAGGACGGGCAAAGAAUAAAGCGUUGUUUUUAUAACGGUUUGAGGACGUUCUCUGAACCGCUUGGAAAAGUAUAGCCGAAAUCUUAUUUUUUGCUUUGUUCAGAGCACUGAGUAGAAAAGCACUUAGGAGUGCUAUAAUAAAAUUCCUUCACGUUACGAUCCGAUCAAAAGUGAAACGGUUUUCCUGCUCGACCCGCAAAAUACACACGCCUGCCUUGUCUGCACAAUACAUCUGAACUGUAAAUUGAUCAUGUCUUAUAGUAGUUAAGAUGAGCAAGCAGAAAACGUUCACACAACCCGAUGUUUUACUUGACGAUAUUAAAAAGCGCUUCGUGGCGUAACUUUCCCCUCAGUCAUCAUCAUCUACUACUUAUCCUGAAGGACUUCGCAUCCUCGACCGCACAGCGGAAACGACCUUUGUCAAGUGCCCAACGUCCAACUCAGUACCCCAGUUAAAAUAGCAUCGCGUCAGAGCAAAAAACCUCUUUCCUUCACGUCGAAAAUUAAACGAUUAUGAACAGACUGUUCGGUGUGGUUUCGGCAGCAACACCUAGGACAAAAGGCUAUUGUUUUGAGGAAUUUGAUCUGGCUCAAUAGACCAUUUCUUGAUACGAUUUAACUAGAGAUAAAAAAUUUUAUGGGCGACAGUCUAGUUUAUAGUACAGCUCCCAGCUCUCCGGGGUAGGGGGAAGCCUUGGGUCCUCUUUCUUCCCCCAGAAUGUCCCCCCCCCUUUCCAGAGAGCUUGCUGGCUAGCCUGGGGAGCAAGCGCUUCUAUGCCGUUUCGGAGCAAAGAACGAGGAACUAGAAUCAAAGACUACGCGAAGACGUUUCAAUUUUGCUAGGCAGGCUAGACGCCUUUCCGCCUGAAGACACGAUGCACUGUUUAAACUAAUUCUCAAUUUUCUCCGAUAUUUUAGGUUUCAGAUAUUCUUCGAAAUCAGCCCCUAAAAGAAGCCAACCGAGAAACUUUAUAUUAGUCCUUCAACUAUCCGCCGGAUGUACAUCCCCUUUUUUUGGUUGGGCCAUCGAAGAUUCUUUUAGUGAGGUUUAUUCAGGGGCACCCAACGAGGAUAUAGUUCAAAACCACUGAACAUAGCAUUGUUGAACGUAUUUUAGUAUUUAAACGGUAGACAUAGGCAUAUUUUUAUCCCCUAAAAACUUUUCAUCUGUUCGGAUUUCCUAGCUGAAAGUCUAGUGAUCCGAAAAUUAUAGGGAUCAAAACUUCCCUUUUCGAAAAUUUCAGCCAGGAAAAGGCUCCCGAAAAUUCUAGGUGACCUUUUUUAGGGUAAAUAUCCGUUUAAAAUGGGUAAUUAUACCAUUUUGUAGAUGUUCGAAAAUCCUAGGAGAGGCAGGCAAGCAAGAAAUUUUACAACAAAUGUUCCGAAAAUUCUAGUUCUCAAAUCGUCUUCCGAACAGAUAUUUUCCCGAAAAUUGGCGUUGGGUGCCCCUGUUUAUUUUGUUAUGCCAAUCUCGUCUGUGUAAUGUCAGAUUGACAGGUUUCUAGUGUAAAAACGGAAUACAAAUGUUUGAAUUACGUGAUGUCAGUCACGGUUUGACACCCCUACAGAAACGAGUGUAUGCAGAUAUUGCUAGGGAGAUAUUGGCGCAACGCUUUCUCCUAGAUAAACUUUCUUUUCGCUUUGCCUGAACAGAAAAGUGCGGCGUGGACGAAAAUGGGGUCAAAACAAAGGGUUUCUAUCUCAAAGACCUCUUAUACGGCAAGAGAAAAAAGAAAGCGCAUCUUGAAGGGGGGUUAAGCAUCAGUUAGGAGGGUAGAGUUUGGGGUAUUUGACACGAGGAGUGAAGUAAUUUCACCGGUAGGGAAUAAAAAUGCUAUAAACAAAUUUUAAUUUAUCUUUAAACUUUUCAUAUAUUUCAGUUUUGGCGGCGACCCCAAUAAAGUGACCAUAUUUGGUGAGUCGGCAGGUGGAAUAAGCGUUGGAUUGUUAAUGUUGUCGCCGCUGACUAAUGGUUUGUACCAGAACGCAAUCUUGCAGAGUGGAACAGCUACAGCCUUCUUUUCUUAUUUAGAAAGACACGAGGCUGACUCGGUGGCCAGGUAGAGUAUAAAAAUUUUCGUGAAAAUCUGAAAUCUGGUAGGGAGAGAGAAUCUUAGGGCGUUGGGCGGGAUAUGUGAAUUUGACUAAAGUUUUUUUAGAGGUUGUGAUUAAACGAAGUCUUGUUCCAGAGACGUCUGCAUAUUUUUAAUCGAUUCUUUGAAACGUCGUCAAGUCCACGCGCGAUUUCCAAAGCAAACAAUGCAAUGAGACAUCACUGUUUACAAACAUCGUUUUUUAGAAUCAUUUGUUUCAAGAACCAGUGCACUUCUGGUUAGUACAUGGAUAUCAAUAGAUGAUUUCAGCAUGAGAAUCGUUAUUGUAAUGUCGACUGUUAAAUUCUCCUUUUACAAAACUGAAUAGAAUUUUGCGGACCACUCCGGAAAACAACUUCCGAUAAAUUUCAGGUGUUUAUUUGGUCUAAAAGUAAUUUUGGUGAAAUUCAGAUAUUCAAGGGCUUCAAUGGGCGUUUCCCUCUCUGUUACUAGGCCCCUUUAAUAUUAUUUUCUCUUAGUUGCGUGCCUUUGUGAGCCUUCCGACUGUUUAGUUAAAAAUCUAAAGCUGGUUAAAACGUAGAAAUUAAAACAAAACUUUCCUUUGCUUCAUCUUCGAUUUAAAAAAAUGUUUUCUGGAAUGUAAAGCUGAACUGGUAAAAUACAACAACGCGCUAUGAGAAAACACUUGCGACAACAGAUUGAAAUGCGAGUUCGUGUCGAUGCAUGGUUCACCGAACUGCUUUCUAAGUACGAGAGCGAGAAGUUAUUACACUCACGCUCUCUUUCUUUAAAUACCUGCUUGAAAAAAGAAGAAGAAAAAGAAGAAGAAGAAGAAGAAGACAUUGACUCAAUCCUAACCGCGCGAGAAAAAAAUUAGAAAUCUUGCCUACCUUGCCUGAGCAAUUUUGGUAAAAAGACGCUUUUUACGGUUUUUCAGUUUACUAGAAAAGUAGUAUAAAGCAUAGACUUUCUCGAAGUCCUUCGAUUCUAAUUUCCGGUUCCGGUAGUUGGCUCCCGCUCUCUCGCUCGCUUUUUGCCGCAGAAGACAUAAAAAAUCUACUUGUAGGCAAGUCUACAUAAAGCAGAAAGAACCUUUAGAGGACAUCGACUCAAUCCUACAUCGCGGUAAAAAAUUGAAAUUUCACCUCACCCGACUCACCAGUGUUGUAGCCUGUGUUGCAGAUGUAAUUUAACCUCGGUAAGUUUUGUCUGUCAGUGUGGCAUAGGCUACAAUUUUGUUAGUCCAAUACUUUUCUCUUUCCCUUAACGAGUGACACUUAAAACAGUUUUUCUGUUUACUGGAAAAGACGCCUAAAGCGAUAAAAACCUUUCAGGUAGCAUUGUAUCUUGGUAACACUUACCUUUAAUUUAAAAGGGGUUUCAAUUAAUCGAGUUUCUUUGACUAUUAAUUAAAUCUUUUUCAGGAGCUUUUCACAGUUAGUGGGAUGUGACUUUUCCUCCCUUAAACAGUGCUUGAAAGAGAAAUCAGUCGAUGAGAUUCUAGAGGCCCAGCUUAAAGUCCUUCCCAAGGAAAAUGUUUUGCCCCUUGGACCUGUAGUGGAUGGAUACUUUUUGCCAGGUAUGAAAACAACCUGAGAGGAAAUAAUGGGUCACAGAGGGAAAAGCCCAGUCUAGCCCUUAAGAUAAUAUCACCAAAGUUAUGUUUUGGCCAAUUAAAGGCUUGCAGUUAAUCGGAAGUUGGUUUCCCGUGAGGUUCGUAAUUAGCAAUUAUUCUUUGAAAUCGAGGUUAACGAGGCUGGAGGCGGCGAGGUAAAUAUUCCUAAAGCCACUAUUCACCAGAUUGAAAAGAAUAAUUCUUUUGGUAUACACACGAAGUGAUCUCACAAAAUCAGAGAGGAAACCAUUAAAAAGCCACUGUUUAAAAGUUUGAAUUUUUGUUUCCUCAAACAACAGCGAAAUGGCUUAAAAACUGUUUAGGGUUUGUUGUUUUUUAGGCUUUUUCGACUCGCUAAGUUUAUAGCCAAGAGGGUCUGUUGUGUCGUUCUUCGCAUGAAGUGCUGACAAAAAUGGCGGCUCGGUUGCUCGAGGUAAGAGGUCGUCUUCCUGUACCAUUCUUUUUCCUAUUUACUUGAAACGUAGGAUUUUGCAAACAUUUGCUUUCAAAUUUGUUUGUCAUAAAUGAACUUCGAUUUUUGGGCCCAAUUUUCUUGUGAGGAAACGCUGAGUACUUCACGAAACGGCUUCUUCUACGCGAAUAAACGGGAGUUGUAAACAAUCCAUCGAGCACAAAACUCAGCUACAGUAAAUGGAAAAACGCGGUUUUGAAUCCUUCCAAGUCUUUUCUUGCCUCAAAAAAAGUCAACCCUAGGAUUUUGUUGACUUUUAAAAGAUCGUUCUCUAAAAAAAAAUGGGAAAAACACCGAGCUCACACAUUAUCCACUCGCUAGGAGGUGGAUAUUGUUGAAUAGUCCGAGAUAGCGAACCAAUCAGAUUGCUUAAAUCACCAAGAUCAUUGAGUGUAUAUACUAAUUACUUUUAUCAAGUGUUGCCAAGAGGGAAUUCAGCAGUAGCCAUUACAAUAUUCAGCUGCAUUAAUUGUUUUCUCUGAAGCAGUCGCGCGUGGACCUGAUGACGCUUUAAACAAUCGAUUGAAAUGUGCGGACUUCUUAGGGAUAAGACUUUAAUUACAAGCCCUAAAAAAACUCUAGUAAAAUACAGAUAUCCUGCCCCAAGAUUCCCCCUCUGUCCCAUUAUUUUUUCUCUUGACCAACCCCAACCCCCCGCAGGGGAUUGCGGGACCUGACUUCAUCAGAUCUCCCAGACAAAAUUGUUAAAGAAUGCUAUAGGAUACUCCUGGCGACGUUGAAGUUUUAAAUAGAUAUGGGUACUGCAAUUUUUAUCUCAUUGAACUGAAUAUUUUAGUGUUUAUUAUCCCAAGAACGACUCGUGUUUUUGAUAAAAGAGCAAAAUUCUUGUCAUAUGUGUCGGCGGUCUUGCGUUAUUCUGAAAAUUCGAACUUAAAGACACUGAGCAUAUUUCCUUCUUCAGGCCUAAAUAUUUGUUAUUAUUACGGAAACAUUUUGAAUUGUUGCAUCUUUUGCACAAAAACGUGCGAUAACUUGCAUUUUUUCUCAACAAGAAUCGUGUCUUUUGUGAAGUCAUAUCACGUAACCCAUAGUAACCGUCUGACACCAAAAUUUGCCAGAAUGUCUCUUUCUGUAUGCAAUACGAGAAUAGCUACAGGAGAGAAAAGAAUUGUCACCACUCCUACACAGACCACGCUUAUGUUACAAAAGUGCACUUUGGGAAUGCUCGAUCAUCAUCAUCAUCAUUUUUAUUUAAUUCUAGAUUCUCCUCCGAAACUCUUACAAGCUGGAAAGUUCAACGCUACCAAUGUCAUUGUUGGGGUAACUCGGGACGAUGGUGGCGUUUUCGUGAUAUCGAUACCAGGUAAAAGUCCGACUCACUUAUCCCACGAUUAUUGGUCAAACAAGUCUGAGCCGGGAAUAAAUCAGCUUCCAGCCUGAACUGUUGGAGGCCUUGUGAUCGAAAGGUUAACAUUUCUGUGGGAUAGGCUUCGAACAUUACCAUCACGCAGUUUCCAUAGAGGGUCCGGGCGCUCCAAAGAUGGAUGGCGCUAUCAACACUUGACAUCAAAAUUUUCGGUUUUAUAACCGACUGAAUUACUCAACAGUAAAUAAUGGAUCGCCUUCAAUAACACUUGAGUUAGCAGUAAGCUUGUGUCAGGAAGAGCUUCAGGCCCUAACCACAAAAUUCCUAAGCUUAAUUUACACAAAGUUAUUAGCAUAUAUUUCUCAGUAUUAUUUCAAACAUUCGAAAUAUUUUUGUAUUUAAGGUAUCACUAAAGGUCUCAACAUUUCACACGGCAUUUCAAGGACACUCUUCAAGAAAGAGAUAAGGAACAGACUUUGGACUCGGCAUCAAACCAAGAGAAUCACAGACUUGCUUAUUUAUGAAUACACAAACUGGUCCAAUGUCAGCAACCCCUAUGUGCUACGCGAGCAGUUCAUCCAUCUCUUUACCGACUCGUUCUUCAAAGCUCCCGCUGUGGAGUCAGCAGAAUUUUUUGUGAAGAAGCAAGUUCCAACGUACUUUUACCAACUAGAGAUAGCUCCCAAGUUUGUGCUUGGUAUACCUGUACCAGAAGAUAACGGAAUAUAUCAUGGGGCAGAUAUUUUUUACACGUUUGGCUUUCCUCUUGUGACGCAGAAAAAUCAAACAAGUGAAAUUCAAGUAAGAUUUGCUAAGAGCUUUAUGACGCUGUGGAGUAAUUUUGCCAAGACUGGGUGAGUAGAAAUUUUAGAACUUUACUUGGCUUCCGUUUCAGGCCAAGUGAUAGAAAACUUGUUUUCUUGAACGACGUGAAUUGGUACUUUCCAGGAGCUUCCAAUUCAUAUCCGCCUCCUCAGUUACCUAUAUUGCCCUUUAAGACUACCCUGACCCCUUUACCUUAACAUUGAUUACUUGAGCUGGAUACUAAUAUCGUUUACGGGAUACCCGUCCCUCUUUUAAGCGGUCAAUUUUUAUAAGACCUGAGGGUUCGCACGCACCGUGAAAGUCCUUGAAAAUUGCAGUCGAUGCUGGAAAAUCCUUUGAAUUUCAAUUUUCAAUGUUACGCAAAAACCAGCAUUUCUAAAUUCCCAUUUGAUCCGGAAUGCUCGAGCGUUUAAUACAUGAGCCCCUGGCUCGGGAGAUUGGGCAACCACUCCUCACGCUAUCGAGCUUAAGUAAAAAAUUGAUUGUUUAAUACCUUUAUAGUUUAAGUGGAUUCCAAAGAAAAAGGAGCAAACACAGAAAGACCUUGGGAUAAAAUUACUCUUGUUGUGGAAGAACUAAAAAUAUAUAGACUCAAGGCUCUUUUUUGCACUAAAUGGAGUCCUUGACAAAUGGAAAAUGUGUCCUUGAAGGUUUUCAAUUUUUUGUUCAAAAAAAAGGGCACGAACCCUGUAAGACGCUCACUUUCUUCGGGGGCCACAACACAUAACAGUAGAUCAGGAGUAGUUCCUGAUUCUCUCCUCGUGUCAACUUGAUCUCGCCCGCGAACAGACUCCCAGGGGCACGAUGAGGUAUGCCCUUUCUCGUUCGACCUUCUUGGCUGUCCUACACGCCACGAGAGCCUUUUAAUAAGCCAACCUCUCUCGCGCGUCGCAGUUUUCACGUGCGCUUACGUUUUUUGCUGGAUCUACUGUCACUGAGGAAAUACUAGGAUAAUGCUAGGACUACUCCUAGCCAAGCUUAACAGAAGUUUGAUUGUAAUUUGAAUGAAUGGAAUUGCGUCCCAAAAGGCAAUUUGACACGACACUAACCCUGAUUUCAUGUGGAGUCUCGAUUUGGCCAAUAUCUCUUCAAGGAAGAGUAGUGUUACGGUUUAUAAUUUCGUGCUAGGCUUAAUCCUAUACGUUAGGCUUCUGUAAGAAAAACCCAUAGGCAAAGGUAUCGGCAUAGUUAUAGGCAGGGGCACCCAACGAGAAGAUAGUUCAAAACCACUUAAACAUAGCAUUGUUAAACGUAUUUUAGUAUUUAAACGAUAGAUAUAGGCAUAUUUUUAUCCCCUAAAAAUUUUUCAUCUGUUCGGAUUUCCUAGCUCAAAGUCUAGUGAUCCGAAAAUUAUAGGGAUCAAAACUUACCUUUUCGAAAAUUUUAGCCAGAAAAAAGGCUACCGAAAAUUCUAGGUGACCUAUUUAGGGUAAAAAUGCGUUAAAAAUAGGCAAUUAUACCAUCUUUUAGAUGUCCGAAAAUCCUAGGAGAGGCAGGCAAGCAAGAAAUUUUACAACAAAUGUUCCGAAAAUUCUAGAUCUCAAAUCGUCUUCCGAACAGAUAUUUUUCCGAAAAUUGUCGUUGAGUGUCCCUGUAUAGGUCAUUGGCGUGACUACGUUAUAAACUAAACCAAACCAUCUAAGAAUCUUGAUAUAGUCAAGUGGGUAAAACAUAUUGUUUUAUAUUGCUAGAAAUCCCAAUUCUCCGACACCUUUGGAGAAAACGUGGCCGCAGUACACAGCUGAGCGAAAGGAAUAUAUUGGCCUGGGCGCGAACUUGACAGUUAGGUCCAAAAUGCGUCCAGAAAAGAUGGCGCUGUGGAAUGAGUUUCUACCAGAUCAGUUAGUGGAAGAGCAAACCACAGAAAGCCCCAAGCCGUCCACAACUAAGGCAAUACCUGAUGAUAAGAAAGGUGAGGAUUUCUUCGUAUUAAAAAUGUCAAACCACCAAGGAUCCUCGCUAAUUUUGGAUUCUUAAAAUGUCAUGAUAUACAUGUAGAGCGUAGAGAAUCGGUUAGUUUAUAUAUGCACGUGAAAACGGGAAGAACUAAUACAUUUUAAGAAAAGAGGUAUUUAAUAAGAUAGGCAUGACCACUUAUAUUCUGUACACUGUAACAUCUUUUGACAGUUGUUACAGCGAAACGUUUACCAUAAUACCGUUCUCAAGCAUUGGCUUGCGAGUCAUACUCGAAGACACAAUAGUCAAACCACUUGUGGGCAUAAUAAUCAAUACACGAGAAAACGGUUAUAAUCAAUGACUGAGGCUAUAAUUUUCAACUUCUCUCUGUUUAAAUGGUCGAGUCACUGAGCGGUGAGCUUUAGGCCUUUUCUCUGAAACUGAAAACGUACCUUUCAAGACCAUAAUUUUUAUAACUAUUGUUUGUAAGUAGGACUUUCUAGAAUUUUGCAUAUUUAAGAAACGGUCCAGAUAAGAACGACAGCAACAACGGCAACGAACAUGUUGGAAUGCAAAAAAGGUGCCAACUUUUCUUUUGUCUGUACUUACUUCUGAUUGGCUUAAACAGCAAAAAUGAACAAAAUUUCAUAAAGCAGUACAUAUAUUCAUCCUUACUUUCCAACCAUCUUCCAUAUAACAAAAUCUGGUCUCAGUUUGAAUAACAAAGAAAUCCUAUGUGGGGAACAUGUAAAAUUGUAAACUUUUCUUGGCUAUUGUUUUCAACUCUUGUGAUUGGUCAAAAUCUUUUAACACAAAAAAAAACACCCUUUGAAAGUGGAGUGUGAAUGCAUUUUAUUGCGUAAACGGCCUUCAUGUAGGUUUAUGCAUUCUCUGUGUAAAAAUGAGAACUUUCCUAUGUGGGGAAAGCACCGUUGCCGCAUAACAAAAGAAAUUGCUAUCCACCUUACCCGGAUCAUUACUUAAUAUUUACUUAAUUUUUGUUUAUUUAUUUUUUCUUAAUUUUUGGUUGGGGGUUACGCGCAUAUUAUCUGUGGAUAUCAGGUGAAACCCUCAAAACAAGUAUCUAUCUAUCUAUAUAUUAGGCCAUACUACAUAUCUCUUUUGCCCGCGCGAAAACCAGACCGGAUAGGGCUUCUGUUCACACGGUGAUUUCGGCGCGAUUUCUGUAACGGAGCGAGGCUACGCCGCGCCGAAGGAAACUGAAUGAAUUGAAUGAUUUUGCUCCUUUUUGCUAAUUUCUAGUAUUUUGGAGUAACUGUCAUAGGGGGCGUCUAAUAAAAUGUGCACAGCACAGAGAGGGCGUUUAUUAGAUAAGGGGCGUUUAUUGGGUCAUUUACGGUAGUUGACUGUCUUCUCUCCAAUUUAGAUAAACUGGUGAUGAUACUCGCCAUCUUAACAGGAGUAUUUGGUGCUGUAGGUGUAAUCUUACUCGUUGUUCUUAUCGUCACAUGCCGCAAACUGCCAAGACAUUGGCGAAAGGAGCUGGAACUUUAAACAUACCUGAAGAUUGUGGCAAGAAUCUAACCCCGCAAACGAACUUGGAACUUGGAGGACCAUGGCUCUUAUGUUUCAGCAAGAGAUCACUUUCAGACUCGACAGACGGCCUGUAAUACUCGAAAGGUUUAGACUGCGCAGUUUUGAUUUGGAAUUUUGAAAUAAGCAAGAGUGUUUGUUUGUUUGUUUGUUUGUUUGUUUGUUUUUUGCAAUGGCUUCUUGGAGAAGAAACUUAUCUUUACAGAGACUGCAUUUUGUGGCUUACUGCCUCUUCAAGGCUGUGCGCCACAAUGUUAUCGCGUUGAGAGAUUAUUAGUGAGUGUAACAAAAGAAUACGAGCCGACGAACUCUACCGAUUUCUAUCCGAUAUUCACUGAUCUUAGCCCCUUUUCGUUUCGGAACGUCGUCGGUUGUUCAUAGUUUGUCGAGGAAAGCUUCGAAUGGCCUCGAAUGUUACUUGAAUUAGCACGUGAUGACGCGAGAAAUUUACGAUUUGCCAUGAGCUCUCAAUUUUGUCGCUGUCGCCAAUGGAAGGUGAGUUCUUCAUUCAUAAUGAGUUAAAACUAUUUGUAUAAUUAGGUGUAAGAAUCAAGCGCAGCCGUCUUCGCAUUUAUGGAGAACUUGUUAGCAGAGAAUUUAGUUACCAAUUUUCCAGAAAACGUUUGACUCCAUCGAAGUGCGAUCAACUGUUUAGUGCAGCUGAACAUCUUUGCCCCGUGGCGAUCUCAAAACCAAGUCAAGUCCUUCGGGCAGCGGAUUAUCUCUUUCAAGGAAGCCUAGAUUGCCUUCCGGGAGCGAAUAAUCUAAGACAGAAGCGUAAGAAAAUGCUUAAAAAAACAGUCCCUGUUUCAUUUGUUUUAUCCAGUAUUGCUGCAAAUCAUAUUAAACUCUGGAAAACACGAUUCGUCUGGUGAGAAGAAUCUAAAGCUACUGUUCAACAAAAGAGUCAAAACAGAUAUAUAAUUCAUCUAAACGAAGCCGUUGUUAUUCUUUUAGCUUAGUGUUCUGGUUUGUUGUGCCACGUUUUUGUGAGAGAUCGUAGAUCACAAGCGCAGUUCGUUUAGUAUAGAUUUUGUUGUUUUCGUCUCUUGUUUCGUAUCAUAUGACUCUUCAGUGACACCGGUCACAUGCUAUUUGUCACGCUUGCCCUUCUUUCGUGACAUAACUUGUUCCUUAGCGUGUUUGUUUUCCUUUUUACAUUAUAGUGUAGUUUUACUCUCCUACAGUCGAACCUCCCGUAAGUGACCACCUAAAAUGGAACGACUGAGUGGUUUCUUAUAAGAAUGGAACCACAGGGGGCCUUUUCGAAGAAGAGGUCCAGGCACAUGUACUUUAUGGAAGAUAAUUUAUUUCGUGACAUGUGUACAAUAGUUCCAUGUUGUCACUAAAGUUCUUCGUAUAUUCUAAGUAGCAUAGUGCACACAACGAACAUAGAGAUAAUAGAAUGCGUAAAGUGGUCGCUUACAAAGAGGUUAAAGACAAUGGAAAAUCAUUAACCGUCAUGCCCAAAAAGUGGUCGCGGUCUCUUACAGGAGGUGGUCGUUUACUAGAGGUUCCAACUGUAAGGGUUUGACUGGGAAAAUUUUAGUGCUUUGGAUUGGCGGUCGUUUAUGGGAGGUGGUCGAUAACGAGAGGUGGUCGCACAUGGAGGCUCGACUGUAGUUGUAUUGUCUAACCGUGUUAGUAAUUUUUAGCAUCGUUUUCUUUUAGCGCUAUUGCCCUGUCUUAUUAACAG